AUGUGUGCGGUGGGUGGAUGCCGGGGCGGCGGCCUCGGGCGGUGUGGACGGCGUUGCCUCUUUGGCGGGCGACGGCCGUGGGUGUUGGUGGUCCGCGACUUCGGCCGUGCGGGCGGCGAGGUCUCGGUGGACGUCUACUACAGUGGGUCGGGGUGCCCCGUCACCCGGCGUGCCUGCUUCGAUGAAGUCGAACGCCUUCUUCAGCUGCGUGCGCUCCUCUGGCCAGGUCUUUGGCCGAGUGGAUGGGAUGGGGGCGGGACCGGGGGAAACCCUUGGCCGUCGGCGGAGGCCACGACAAUGGCGGCGCCUUUGCUGGGCGUCGGUUCCCUUCUUGGAGGCCUUGUCGAGCGCUCCUUCGGCUUGGAGAUGGACUGGCAUAGGUGGUGGUCGUCAUUUGGCGUCAUGGUGGCGUCGAUGGCGGAGCAACCUGCCAAGGUUGGUACCUCAAUCUGCUCUGAAGAUGGACAAGUGGAAGAUGGUGGCGACGACACGUGUGAGUGCGUCGGACUGGAUUGUGCCCCGGACCCGCUGCUCUCCUCCGAGGACCCUACCCCACCGGACGGCUUCCUCCGGGACACCAAUGACAUCAUCCUCCACCCGGCGGCUGCCGUCCCCACGGGCCCCGCGUUGUCGGUCCCAGCCACCGGCGGGAAGCUGGAAGAUGACGGUGGCUUUACCCUAGUCGUGGGCAGGAAGAGGAAGCGGGGGAAUGCCCAGGCCACCCUCGGCCCUGUUGCCCCGCCACCCGCUCCGCGCCAUGGUCCGCCGAGGGGCUGGUUUCGGCACCAUGCUCGCCCCGCUCCUCCUCCUCCGAGCCGCCGUAUUCCGCCCGCAGCCCGGGUGAGGCCUACUGCCACGGCCAGCGGCCCAGCUUCUUCUCGUGCACUUGCUCCCAGCAUCCCUGCUGCCACGGCCAGCCCAGCUUCGUCUCCUGCACCUGCUGCCAGCAUCCCUGCUGCCACGGCCAGCGGCCCUGCUGCGACCCCUUCUCCCAUCAUCCCUCAGGAACCGGACGACAUGGAAAAGGAGCGAUCCCUUCACUUACAGUUCCGGGAGGAGAUGUCAAAGCUGAAAGGCAACAAGAUAUACUGUCUGAUCUGCUAUUUGAAGCGUGACCAAAAACUAGUGACUAUGCAGAAUGAUCGGGAUGAUAUCAACCAUCACAAUAGUGCAUCUCACAAGGGGCGUCUUGUAGAUUGUCCAAGUAAGGGCUGCCUUUUGGUGGCAACUAACAGACACGACAUUGGCAUUCAUGCCAUUUGUUGCCACCCUCACAUGCUCUGAAGGCCAAGGAUUUGCUCAAGAGGUACAUCGACCGUUGAGGAGUGUGUUCUGCGGCUUCCGGGUGCUUAUGAGACUGCCUGUGCAGGGGGAAUGCUUCCUUGAGUUGAACGAUUUACUCUUGUUGGUUUGUUGUUCAUUUUCUGCUUUAUAGACCUUGCUGGAUGAUGCCUGCUACCAAGACUGCUUGUUAAUGUUACCGAUUUGGUAACCUAUCCAGCUUUUUCUUUGGUAUGCGAAGAUCUAUCCUCGUUUGUUAAGUACACUGGGUCUUGAAGUUGCUGCAUAAUUCUGUUUUGAAAUUGUUGCAAGAGAAGAGAAUGAUGUAUUUGCAUUGUUGCACCUGCACCAACUAUGAUAUGAAUACGGCUUUUCCUAUUUUAACUUUGCAUAAAGUAACUUUGGAGAAAUCAUGGGAGCUCUUGAGAGCUCAAUUCAUGAAUUUCAGAUCAGAAGGAUUUGGAAGUCAUGUAUGAAGGCAGUUAUUGAACUUGUGGCUUUGCUGGGUA